AUACCUAAACCUCCACUGUGUCUCCCUGCAACUCUGCCCCCAAAAUUUGCCAUUCUACUAUGAUAUUCCUACACUAAACCCUUCAUCUUAACACAAAAAAUUCAAUUUUUAUUGAAAAAUAUUUUCACGAAGUUAUGUAAUGGAGAUAGAUUCGGGAAAACUUCCAUUUGACCUCGACUUUCAUCCCUUCAGCAAUCUCGUUGCAGCUGGGUUAAUCACAGCCAGCUCCUCCUCAGGAGAUUCCAGUACAUGAUCGAGGAGACGCUGCGAUGAGCUUGGUAUACGAGGCCACAACAAGGCUCAAGGAGCCGGUUUAUGGCUGUGCUGGCUUCAUUUCAUCCCUCCAGAUGCAGAUUCUCCAACUGCAAUCCGAGUUAAAUGAAGCUCUAGCAGAAACAGUGACACUCAAAACUCAACUGGCAAAUGCUUUAUCCAUAAUAAUCUCUUCUCAAGAAGGUUAUCAAUUGAACCAUAUUACAGAGAAGAACAACUACAAUUUGAUUGACUACCAGCAACUGAGGGAAUGUAAUAUAAAUGAAAAUGCCUCUUGUACGAGGCUGCUAGAUUUACCCGUUACAGAUUCUGACUUAGAGCACAUGUAGAUUUCUAAAACAGGCUGCAGUGUAAGAGAUGAAAAACAUUGUCACCACCACUACGUCAAAAGCCCGAUAUCCCAGGUUGAGAUGUCUGUAAGGAAUUAUUUUCUUUUUAUAGUCCAAAUGAUGAUUCUGUAUUUCCUUUUUCAA